ACAGCAGAUCUUGCGCACUGUCCUGUGGCUGACUACACUGUUGGGUUGCAACCUGCAACAACUACCGCUACAGCGAGGUACAGAAGAAUGGAAAACUCGUUAAGACAACGAAGAGGUCUUCAGGUUACUAUUUCUCUUUAAUACAUUUGGAAACAUUUCAUGUUCUGCAGUCAACCUCGGAUAUGGUAUGCCCAAUAAAUAUAACUUGAACCCUAUGUGCCAUACCAGUGGAUGACAGAUCUCUGAGGGAGGGAUGGAUGACCUGUGGAGUAUAACGACUUUGUUGCUGCAGGUGUGGUUCUCCGUGAUGAUUGGGCUCAUCAUGAUACCUGCAAUGUUUGGCCUCUCCCUGGGGGUCACUUCGGUCUAUAUUCAGAUUCUGGUCAAGAUAUUGGAGUGGGCCACCCUGCGGAUCCAGAGAGGACACAGGGAUCGACCCACUCUGCCAGUGCCUGCUCCGCUACCCAAUGGACUCAUCCAGAGGGAGGGUGGCUCUAUGGAACAGGAGAUGGGGGAGCUGCGUCGGUAUCGUACCCAGUCCAUAUCGAGGGGAGAGUUUGCGCUGAGCGACUCAUUCUACUUCUACAGAAAGGGCCUGGAGAGCAUCGUGGAUGACCAGGUCACUCAGCGCUUCUCCUCUGAGGAGCUGGUCUCCUGGAACCUCCUGACCCGCACCAACCACAACUUUCACUACAUCAGCCUGCGCCUCACCGUCAUCUGGGGCCUGGGCGUGAUCAUACGUUACUGUGUCCUUUUCCCUCUCAGGAUAACCCUGGCAAUCAUAGGGAUUAGCUGGCUGGUGAUCGGGACAACUUUGGUGGGGUUUCUACCUAACAGGAGAGUGAAGAACUGGCUCAGUGAGUUAGUCCAUCUGAUGUGCUAUAGGAUUUGUGCCAGAGGCCUCUCUGCCACCAUCCAAUACCACAACAAAAAUAAUAAACCACAAAAAGGAGGAAUAUGCGUAGCAAACCACACCUCACCUAUUGACAUUGUCAUUUUGGCCAAUGAUGGAUGCUACGCUAUGGUGGGUCAAAGUCACAGUGGGCUGAUGGGGGUCAUCCAGAGAUCAAUGGUGAGGUCCUGCCCCCAUGUGUGGUUUGAGAGGUCGGAGAUGAGAGACCGGCAUGCUGUUACCAGUAGAUUGAGGGCUCAUGUUGCAGCGAAGUGCAAUCUACCCAUUUUGAUUUUCCCAGAGGGAACCUGCAUCAACAACACAUCAGUCAUGAUGUUCAAGAAGGGAAGCUUUGAGAUUGGAGGGACAAUAUACCCAGUUGCAAUCAAGUAUGACCCACGCUUUGGAGAUGCCUUCUGGAACAGUGCCAAGUACAACAUGGUGAGCUACCUACUGAGAAUGAUGACCAGCUGGGCCAUCGUGGUCAAUGUGUGGUACCUGCCCCCAAUGACCAGACAGGAAGGGGAAGAUGCUACCAAGUUUGCCAACCGAGUGAAGUCUGCUAUUGCACAUCAGGGAGGGCUGUUGGACAUGGCGUGGGAUGGGAGCUUGAAGAGAGACAAGGUGAAAGAAGAAUUUAAAGAGCAUCAACAGAAGAUGUACAGCAGUAUGGUUGUGGGAAAGAAAGCUAGAAACUCACAAGAGCCUCACACAGAGAGCUCCAAGAGCUAAUGACAUUGGAAUUAACACUGGACAAUCUCUGACAAUGGGCGAUAACUUCAAAGUAUUUUACAUACUACAAUGCAUACGGACUGAAGUCAUUCAAAAUCAAUGGCCUUUGUUAUUGAAUACACGGAUUCAUUAUAAUUGUGUGGUAUCAGACUCUGAUACGCAACAUAUAGUUUAUCCGUUUUUAAUGCAUGAAAUGCCUUUUUUUUUUUAAGAAUUGUUUUAUAGAAACUUAAACAUAUCAAACUUAACUGCAAGUAGUACUGAUCUGUAUGAUAUUAAAUUAUCUCUGAUAAUGUUACAGUAAUACUACGUUUUCAGAUUGCACUAAAUUUAACAUUAUUCAAGAAUGUGUUUACGUUGACACAGAAUUUGUACUGGUAUUAGUAUUCAUUUGUGCAAUUUUCUUUCUUAUGUUACAUUAUGCUCCUUUUUUUUAAAAGAAUUGUUUUAUAGAAACUUAAACAUACCAAACUUAACUGCAAGUAGUACUAAUCUGUAUGAUAUUAAAUUAUCUCUGAUAAUGUUACAGUAAUACUACGUUUUCAGAUUGCACUAAACUUAACAUUAUUCAAGAAUGUGUUUACGUUGACACAGAAUUUGUACUGGUAUUAGUAUUCAUUUGUGCAAUUUUCCUUCUUAUGUUACGUUAUGUUCCUUACAAUGCAACUCCUUACCCUAAAUAGCCCCCUACAAUAUACACUGAGUGUACAAAACAUUAAGGACAUCUGCUCUUUCCAUGACAUAGACUGACCAGGUGAAUCCAGGUGAAAACUAUGAUCCCUUAUUGAUGUCACUUGUUAAAUCCACUUCAAUCUGUGUAGAUGAAGUGGAGAAGACAGGUUAAAGAAGCAUUUUUAAUUCUUGAGACAUGGAUUGUGUAUGUGUGCCAUUCAAAGGGUGAAUGGGCAAGACAAAAUAUUGAAGUGCCUGUGAACAAGGUAUGGUAGUAGGUGCCAGGCGCACCGGUUUGUGUCAAGAACUGUGACGCUGCUGGGUUUUUCAACAGUUUCCCGUGUGUAUUAAGAAUGGUCCACUACCAAAAGGAUAUCCAGCCAACUUGACACAUCUGUGGGAAGCAUUGGAGUCAACAUGGGCCAGCAUCCCUGUGGAACGCUUUUGACAUCCUGUAGAGUCCAUGCCCCGACAAAUUGAGGCUGCUCUAAGGGCAAAAGGGUUGGGGUGGGGGACACAACUCAAUAUUAGGACGGUACUCAUAAUGUUUGUUCACUCAGUGUAUACUGUUCACCCAUGGUCAUGUUUGAAGGUGCUUUGAUCAAAGUCCAAAACAAAGACUGGGGGUUUAUUGUUAAUUAUUUACAUCAUUUAAAUGUUAUGAAAUCUACAUUUUGGCCUGGUCCAGAAACAACCACUUGCCCUGCUCUAACCCUUAGCCACUUAUGCAGAUCUGAGAGGGUAGAUGUAUAGGUAUAAAGAAUAUGGAAAUGCCUAUUUGACAUUUACAUGUUAGUCAUUUAGCAGAUGCUCUUAUCCAGAGCGACUUACAGGAGCAGUUAAGGUUAAGUGCCUUGCUCAAGGGCACAUCGACAGAUUUUUCACAUAUUCGGCCCGGCACGCUUUUAAUCGCUGGGCUACCUGCUGCCUAUAGAGGCUAAUUAGAAGGUGUCUCUGGACCUAUACUGAACAAAAAUAUAAACGCAACAUGUAAAGUGUUUAUGCAACGUUUCAUGAGCUGAAAUAAAAUAUUCCAGAAAUGUUCCAUACA